AUGGAUAGUAGUCCAAGGUGUCCUUUUGGAUUUUAGACAGAACCAAGCAAUGAUUCACCGGUGAAGAAAGUUAGUUUUAAGGAAUUUCUUAUUCAGAGAUAGAGUGUUCAUAAACCCUCAUUACCUACAGUUGUCUAACAAAAAAAUAGGAGAUGGGAAAAACAAUUAAGUUCUUUAUUGACACCUGAGAUCCUUUCCUUCAGACAAGUGCAAUCAAAUCAGCAAAUACCUUUAAAUGAAAUAGUGAAGGUAGCGAGAAUCACUAAUACAAAAACUAACUAUGAUAAAGAACAAGAAUUUAAGAAAACGAAAUCUGAAUCAUUAUAAAUACCAAUGCUCAACAUUCCUAUGAUGCCGACAAAUGGAUUUUUCAAAUUUCAACCCCAACAUCGUAUGAGAAAAACUGGAAUGUAUAGUCUUAGAAAUUGUAAUGAAUAACUAGAAUAAAUCAACAGAAAAUAAAAGUCCAAUGUUAACAACUUUUCUCUGCCCUAAUUAACGCAGGAAGAGAUUAUUACCUAAUUUUUCCAAACGAAAUUUUAAAAGUCAAAUGAAAAUGAUGAAUUACAACAUAAACCAAUUGGAUCUAGUGCAAGAUUAGAUUACGAGGCAAACAUUCUUUUCACUAAGAUCACUUCCGAUAGCAUCUUAUAGUAAAAAUACAAAGGAAGACAUAUCAAACAUUUAAAAGAAGUUUAUCGCAGUUUAUUAGGUGUUGGGUACGACAAGGAAAUAAUGAUGGACCCUGGAAGACUAAAAAGCAUUCAUUCCUAAUUAAAUAUAAAAAAUGAUUAGUUUUUAAGAUUUAAAUACUUAUUCAUCAAUUAGUUUCUCGAAAUGGAAACUCCUUUAGAUUUAUUUUUUAAAGGUUGUCACAAAAUAGAAAGCUUCAAACCUUUAGUUUUAAAUAAGCCUCUAGAUUUCGAAAUCUAUGGUUAGGAUGUAGGAAUUUAGAAAAUCACAUAAUCUAUGUAUGAUAAAAUAUUCAAAGACUACACUCUUUCUCCAUAUUUCAUAUUGAUAGACAAGGAAACUCAAGCAAAGAAAUUCUCUCGUUUAUUUGCACAAUUGAUUGAUCACACUGACUCUCCCAACUAUACUCUAGAGAUAUUAAGAGAAAGACAUAUUUAAUAUAAUUUAACUUUAGUUCAGUUUGCAAAUUUUAAAUUUUAUCUUUCUAUGACUUUGCAAUAGUAAUAAAUAGGAUUCAAGCAUAUCAGAUAAUUGUUGAGAAAAAUGGACACUUACAAAUAUGCGAUUUUGAACAAGGAGAGUUUGUAAGAAACCAUAAAUGCCUUUGGAUAUAGAGAAUUUAUUGAUGGAUUGGUGAAGUAAUGUUAAACUGAACCAAUCUUAUACGAAUUAUUUAAUAAGCGUGGUAAGUAUAGAUUUACGGCUCAUUGUGAAAAUAUGAUACAUUUUUUUUUUCGCGAUAAUGUCAAAUCUAUAACAAUUUAAGACAUUGAAUAAGUGCAUAAAUGCAAUGCAAUCAUUUAAGAGAAGGUUUUUUCAAAAAUUAAAGAACACACCUUUUAGGCUCUAAUGAAAAUUACAAAGGAUUCUCUCAUACUCUCUGAUUUUGAAGAAGAUUGGGAGGAAAUCAAACCAUUUAUAAUGAAUAAAUCAAAAAAUCAAAUUGUGAAAUAAUUGGGAGGAUAAACUUUUAUCAAUAACCUUGCUUCCACUUUGGCAUUUGAAAUGCAACAAAGACCUCAAUUAAACAAAGUCUUUGAGGACAAUGAUACUUGUGUAGCCUAAAAUUUGAAAUGCAAACUGAAUUUAAUGCUUUAUGGAAUUCAUUUUUAUAAGAAAACAGAGUUGGAGGUGCUUCACAAAAGAUUAAAAAUAUCAGAAUAAGUUUACUUUGAAUUUUAAUAAGCCACAAAACAUGUUCUUGAAAAUUUUCCUAAAUUGUCAUGGUUAAAUAAGGUAUUGGAAGACUAUAAAAAACAUAUUGUUUCUGAUUUUUGA